AUGAGCUCUUCUCAAUGGAAACAGGAUGACCACAAGCUCUUGGUCAUCCCUGGACCUAUCGAGGUCGCUGAUGAUGUCUUGCUCGCCAAUGCUCAUCCCUCGAUGUCGCACGUCUCCCCAGCCUUUGCUCCCGUCUUUGGCAACUGUAUCAAGCUGCUCCGUAAAGUGCUUUAUACCGAAUCUGGUCAGCCGUUCUUGGUCGCCGGUUCAGGUACUUUGGGUUGGGACGCCGUCGCUGCCAACCUGAUCGAAAAGGAUGAAAAGGCUUUGGUCUUGAACACCGGUUACUUCGGUGAAGCCUUUGCCGAUUGUCUUUCUCUUUACGGUGCCGAUGUCACUCAACUCGGUGCUCCUCUGGGAGGUGCUCCUAUCAAGAAGCAGAUCACCGAAGCUCUGAAGAAGGACAAGUACAAGGUCUUGACCUUUACCCAUGUCGAUACCUCUACCGGAGUGCUUUCGAACGCCAAGAUGAUCGCUGAGACCGUCAAGGAGGUCUCUCCGGAGACCCUGGUGGUCCUCGAUGGUGUCUGCGCAGUCGCAUCCGAGGAGAUCCGAUUCGACGACUGGGGCAUCGACGUUGUCAUUUCAGCCACCCAAAAGGGUCUCGGCGUGCCUCCUGGUCUGAGCGUCGUCGUGGCAAGUCAAAAGGCUUUGAAGGUGUUUGAGCAGCGCAAGUCGUUGCCCGCGUCCUACUACAUCAGCUGGGCCAAAUGGCUGCCCGUCAUGAAGAACUAUGAAGCUGGUACUCCUUCCUACUUUGCGACCCCUCCUGUUCAACUCAUCUACGCCCUUGAGACCUCGCUCAAGACCAUCAUGGAGGGCAAGGUAUCGCUUGAAGAGCGAUUCAAGAUGCACCGUGAGACGAGCGUCAAGUUCAAGACGGCCAUGAAGGAUAUGGGUUUCAAGCUGCUGCCCCUCUCCGAUGACACCUCUGCCAACGGGAUGAGCGCGGUCUACUUCCCGGAUGGUUUCAAGGCGCCUGAUAUCCUUCCCAAGAUGCUCAAGCGUGACAUUGUGGUCGCUGCGGGUCUCCACAAGGACGUCAAGGACCGAUACUUCCGAGUCGGCCACAUGGGUGUCACCGUCGUCAACCCCGAGCGUGGCGACAUGGAAAAGAUCAUCAAGGGCAUCCAAGAUUCGUUUGCCGAGGCCGGGUACAAGGUUCCUUCCGGCUCGGCUUGA